AUGACAAUGUCUUCAAAUCACACCAACCUUAGAGACAUUUGGUACACCAUGAUUGGGAUCCCAGGAUUAGAAGAUGCACACGUUUGGCUCUCCAUCCCCAUCUGUUCAAUGUACAUAGUGGCCCUAAUAGGCAAUACCCUAUUAAUAUUUCUGAUCUUCACAGAACACAGUCUUCAUGAACCAAUGUACCUUUUCCUCUCCAUGUUGGCCCUUGCUGAUAUCAUUCUAUCUACAGUGACCACGCCAAAAGUUCUUGCCAUCUUUUGGUUUCAAGCUGGAGGCAUUUCUUUCGCUAGCUGUGUGUCUCAGAUGUUUUUUCUGCACUUCAUGUUUGUAACCGAGUCUGCCAUACUGCUGGCUAUGGCAAUUGACCGUUAUAUAGCCAUCUGCUUUCCACUAAGAUAUACUACCAUUUUAACCCCUUCAGUAAUCUGCAGAAUGGGCAUUGCAUCUGUGACUAGAAGCUUCUUAAUCAUUUUCCCCUUGGUCUUUCUAGUUUAUCGACUCAAUUAUUGUGGGAGGAACAUCAUUCGUCACUCAUACUGUGAACACAUGGGCAUUGCUAGGUUAGCCUGUGACAGCAUCAAAGUCAAUAUUUACUAUGGAAUGACUGUGCCUUUAUUUUCCAUAGGCCUAGACAUUAUGCUUAUCAUCAUCUCCUACACCCUUAUACUUAAUACAGUAUUUAGAAUCCCGUCUCAAAAUGCUCGACGCAAGGCUCUGGGUACAUGUGGCUCCCAUGUCUGUGUCAUCCUUCUGUUCUAUACACCUUCUCUCUUUACCUUUUUUGCUCACCGUUUUGGGGGCCACACCAUACCACGUCACAUGCACAUUCUUUUUGCUAACCUCUAUGUGGUGGUACCUCCUGCACUCAACCCUAUCAUAUAUGGAGUGAAGACAAAGCAAAUUCAAGACAGGUUUUUCCAGCUGUUUUCUUUCACUAAGGCGUGUUUUUGA